GUUUUAUUCUCGCCGCUAAUAGGGCGGUUGUUUGCCAGCCGGCACGGGAACGCGACGCGCCGCAGACAUAGAAAUUUCUUUUCUCUAUGCCGCAGACGCCAGGAAACAUGAGAGGAAAGGCACUCACGGUGCUGGGACCCGUGGAACCAUCGGUGCUCGGCCCUGUGCUGACACAUGAACAUCUAUCGGAUACGCUGGACGACCGAGUGUUCCUUAGCGGGCCGUCUGAACUGCACCAUGCCGAAAUGAGCAGCUGCUCAAUGGCCCUGGAGAACCUUUGGUGGAUACGGCAAUUUCCGUACAAUCACCCGGAGAACCUACGUUUCCACGGUGCCGACGUAGACGAGGCAGUUCUCGCAGAGAUGCACUUCCUGCGAUCCAAUGGUGGAGGCGCCUUGGUAGAAAAUACGUGCCGCGGCAUGGGACGCAACCUACCACUUAUGCGCCGUGUAGCGCGGGAAACGGGCCUUCACAUAAUCGCUGGCACUGGCUACUACGUAUCGGCCAACUACGGCAGCUCCGUGUUGUCAAAAAGCGUGGAAGAUCUUGAGCGGGAGUUCAUCGCCGACAUCACCGAGGGUGCAGAUGGCACCGACUCCCGGUGCGGUGUGCUCGGCGAGCUCGGCUGCACCUGGCCUCUGCACGAGUUCGAGGUGCGUGUGCUGCGAGCCGCCGCAUCGGUGCAGCAGUCUACGGGCUGCCCGGCCAUCAUCCACCCUGGACGGAACCAUAAGGCGCCAGCCGAGAUCGUCAGAAUUUUCGCAGAGGCCGGGGGAAAGCUGCGCCACACUGUCAUGUCACACCUGGAAAGGACAAUCUUGGACACCGACGCGCUGGUCGAAUUUGCGCAGUCGUAUGGCUGCUACUGCGAGCACGACUUGUUCGGCAUAGAGACGUCACACUACCAGCCAGCGCCGUCCUUCAGCAUGCCUAGCGAUGCUCAGAGGCUGGUGCAGCUCAAGCGCCUCGUGGAUGAAGGCUUCGCCGAUCGAAUUGUGGUCAGCCAUGACAUUCACACCAGGCAUCGGCUGAUGAAGUACGGUGGCCAUGGUUACUCGCACAUCUUGCUAAACGUGGUGCCAGCUAUGCUUCGGCGGGGGUUCUCGGCCGACGUUGUGCGUGCCAUCACGCAGACCAACCCGCAGACCUGGCUCACUUUCUGGUGACACACUAGGUUAUUCCUGUUUUCACGAGAAGCUGGCAAACGAAGGAACUCGUUUAAUUAUUUUAUUGUCCUCGUGGCUCAAUAUAAACGUCCUUUUCUCGUG